AAAGACGUGCUUGUUGAAGCAAUUGCAUCGCGUGACUUAUUAGAUGAUAUUGAAUUUCAACUCGUGUAUUUGUACCUACCUCUACGAGACUAUCAAACCGAGGAACAAGAAAAGAGCAACAUCACCCCAUGGAUUGUGGUAGCAGUGGGGCCUAAUGAGUUCAUAGCAGCUAUUAAAGCCUAUAAAUAUCGUAGCAGCCGCUGUUGUUGCUGAAAUAUUUAACAGAAUGUGGCGUUUGAAGCUGACCAAUUUAUGUCAUGCGAAGGGACUGCGAAGGUAUAAUCCAGCAAUUCAAUGUGCUCUCGUGCAGUCAAGUCGGUCAUUGUGUUCAAAAUCAAGUGGCGAUUCAGAGAAAGGCACACGAGGUGCACCAGCACAUGCACCAUCUGAAGUUCAGAAACACCAUGUGGAAAGCAAACUGAGGCCAGAUGGCAUUCACAUUGAAGCUGAUUUGGAGGUCACUCCGAAAAAGAGACCGAGAGAAAGCAACAUUGUACGCCAGUUCGAGACCGUAAACCUUCCUAGUUCAAGAACAGUUACACGAGAAAGAGCAACUCUGUUGGCUCGUAUCAAAGAGCUAUUUGCCAGGCAUGAACGUACUCGUGCAGGAUUUCUAAGGAUUGUUGAGGAGUAUAAGGCCAUGGAUAAGAUGCGGCGAGGCCAUCCGGAGUUCAUCAACACUGCUGUGUUCAAAAUGGAUGAGUUCGGUGUCCACAAGGAUCUCCAGUGCUACCAAGAACUUAUCAACUGCUUCCCAAAGGGGCGGUAUGUGCCCCAAACAAUACUGGAUGAAGUUUGGCCAGGGACAUACCCACAAACAGAAGCAGCUAUAUCUCUUUUGAGAAAAAUGGAUCGCAAUGGAGUUGUUCCAAGUUAUGAGUUGGUUGAAAGCUUGAGUGGCAUACUGGGCUGGAGGAGCUUGGCCUCUGUGCUUGCACUGGAAAUUGGAUGGUGGAAGUCCAUGUUUCAAGACAGCGAUCAGUACUACAUACCAAGUUCCGAGCGCUAUCGUCCAUUUCUCAUGGCCGGAUUCGUGCUGAAGAGAAUGGCUGGCAAGACGUCGUCAGUUCAAGUUGUGCGGAGUGAGCCAAACGGAGCUGAUGGCUUGCCCUGGGUACUUGCCACGCAGACACGACGACAGAUAUCCCGUGCAAAGAACUACACAAGGACUGAUCUCCCAGUGUACGUCGAGGGUCCACAGUUAAUCUACAUGCAGACUGUACCCCAUUACUACUAUGUAUUAUUGCUGGAUGCAGAGCUGAGUGAUGCUGACAGCGAUGACCCAGGGGAACGUACUGCAGUGAGCAUGUGCAUAACACCCACUGGAUGUCCAGAGUCUGUAAAUACAUGGAUCUACUCAGUCAAGGAGAAAUACCCUGUGCUGGCAGAGUGCCAAAUCAUGUUUAAUCAGAAGCCUGUUCCACAGAGUCCCUACCAGUGUUUCUCCGACGUCAGUGCCCCUUUGAGGCCGGGAAUAUUCGGACAUAGCCAAGAUGAGAAGCUAAAACCAGAUCAGCAAGAGCUCGACGACAGGUUACUUGGUGAUCCGUUUUAGACAGCAGCAACAUUGCACGUGACAAUUCUACAUCUGCUGGUAUAGGCCGAUAGCAAUUGCAAAAUUAAUGCAUGUCCACCUACUUUGGAACUUGACUGCAUAGUCAAUACACUCCAUGUUGAACAGCUCCUUUGAAUCAGUGGUGUAAAUGUCUACAUCAUGCAGCCACGACAUCAUAGCUGCCUUCUUCAGCUGACAGCUAUUUUUUAUUAUACUGUGGACACCUCAAUAUGAUGUCUUUACAAAGAAAAGAGUGGCACAACGCUUGAGGCCCUGUAAAUGUGCUGCUCUACUUUCUGGUACACCCGCACCAUGACGUACAAUGGAUGUAAUCUCCCCCCCCCCCCCCCCCCCGGCACACACAAUAUUUUCUUCCGUUUUUCAUAUCAUUCUUCACUACUUGCUACUUGAUCAUCAUGUUACAUCCCACUAGCGGACAUGCAGAAAUGGCCCAUGCCUUGCCCUCGGAGGCAUCCAUACUACAAUUUGUAAUUCGGAAAUUAUACAAACAAGCGUUUCGGAGAUAGCAGCUUUAAAAUUGCAACCAAGAGGGCAAACUGUGCGGUAAUAAAUUUAAAUUUCACGGUUCGCCGAGUUUCCGCAUCCGUAGGAACGCCACCACCCUCUAAGAUCAAGGCGCAGAUGCAGCGGCUAAACGGUCACAUCUCUCUCCCAUUUUUGUUAUUGUAGUCAUAAUAAAUUAUGGUUACCACACAG